CCUCUUAAAAUAAACAACAACAACAACAAUACCUACAACAGGCAAACGGUGGAACUGUCAACAAAUGAGCUCCUAUUUUGUGAACUCAUUCUGCGGUCGCUAUCCCAAUGGCGCGGACUUCCAGUUACAUAAUUAUGGAGACCAUAGUACGGGAAACGAGCAAUACAGAGACUCAACAGCCAUGCAUUCCAGCAGGUACGGCUAUGGCUACAACGGGAUGGACUUAACAGUCGGGAGGACCGGCACCGGACACUUUGUGGGCAGCGAGCGGACACCGGGCUACUCCCCGAGUCACUCAGCGGCGACGACACCCUCGGUGGAGCCUGUCAGGUACAACCAGUCCGCCAGCAACACCGGGAACUCGUCUCUAUCGCCUCCACCUGACCCUCUACCGUGUUCCUCUGUCGCAAGCUCGUCCCCGGUGCCCGAGACGCAAUCUCAACACAGAGCCGUGAAGAACUCCAUAACGACCCCGUGCUCAACCCCGUGCUCGAGCUCGAACGGAGGCACGCUGCUGCUCAGUCGGGACUGUGUGUCCAAAGCUUCCCCCCUCGAGGAAGAGAAGCCUGCGGGAAGCGCACCGACAACUCCACAAAAUGUCACCGACUCAGCACAGCCUCAGAUAUAUCCAUGGAUGAGGAAACUCCACAUAAGUCAUGAUUUGUCUGGACCGGAGGGGAAGAGAGCCAGAACUGCAUACACUCGGUACCAGACCCUGGAGCUGGAGAAGGAAUUCCACUUCAACCGGUACCUGACCCGCAGGCGGAGGAUCGAGAUCGCCCAUGCCCUCUGCCUCUCCGAGAGACAGAUCAAAAUCUGGUUUCAGAACCGCAGGAUGAAGUGGAAGAAGGACAACAAGCUGAAAAGCAUGAGCAUGGCUGCUGCAGGCGGAGGAGCCUACAGGCCUUGAUAUCCAACUGAUAGCGAGCACUACAAAAAUAAAGAUUGUCAUAUCAACUUCUCCUCCUAUUCCAAAUGAUAAAAAAAAGAAAGAGAAAGAAAAAAAAAAGAAAAGCGCAGAGACUCGUUAACGGGCUGUGAGCGGGACAGAGGAGCCCACCUGUCAGCCUUCUGUUUGUCCGACAACAGCCCCAUUAUAUUCCUUAAUAUUAUUUCCUUUUGAUUUCCACCGUGGUAAUGCUUAUGUGCGUAAAAAAAAGAGCAUUCUGUACAGUUCUGUCUAGAUUUAGAGGAAAAAGAAACACAUGGAAAUAAAUGUUUGUUUAAAUUAUUUCUUGUUCAGACGAAAAUAAUAAUAAUAAUAAUAAUAAUUAAAAAAAAAGACGUCAAAGCUUGAAAUGCUACCUGCCUACCUACCGCAAAUAAAUCCAGUAAAAUCUGUGUGAUGGACUCACAGCUUAAUAAAUAGAGGGUUGAGGAUGAUUUGUGUUUAGCCUUCGUUUUCUAUAUGUAUGUACUGUAUAUGUAUGUAUUUAUUUGUUUGAUGUAUUGUACCAACUUGUCAGAUAACUUGCUUCCAAAAGUAGAGCCAGCAGAGUGCGUAUACGCUUUGUGUGGUUAUUGUAUGCGUUGUGAACACAUGUAUGGACAGAGGUGCCGACUUCACCGUUGUAUGUACAGUAGCUGUGC